AUGGCGCAUCAGGCUGAGUCGGCCAGUUGGCUGGACCCGGUGUCUCAUAGUCCAGUUUUUGACUCUAUCACUCUUCAAGUUAACGCGGAACAAGAAUGGCAUGGUACCGAUGAAGUGAUUGUCGCUUCUGAUCAGGUUGAGGGCAAUCUUCAAAGAGUGGAUCGCGUUUCAACCAGAGACCAAACUUCAAUCCUUCAAUCUGCCACCGAUUUUGACAUACAUGGAGGAACUUUCUCCACUAUUGCUGGUGACAGUUAUACAGCCAACAGAGAUAUGCAUUUAACGAUCAAUAAUCAUAUUCAUUCCUUGGCUUCAAAUGAAGCUCGAGAAGCCAUAGGUACACCGGCGAAAUAUAUGAGGCGAAUGCCACAACCUCCGUCUCUUCCCGUUCAAAGAAGUUGUGAUAUAUACCGGCGACACAUGGCUGCAAAGGGUCGCGGUAUUCCUCUGUGGAUCCCUGAGCCAAACAAAAACCUUCCACUUCAAUAUCAACGACAAGGGAUAGCCAUCGGCGAUGUUGGGGUCAUGACAGCUUCCGGUGGUUUUGCCUUCUUGUUCAAUAUAUGUCUUGCUCACGACCAUCCGAUCAACCCACCCACACUUCCUGUGAAUUUUAAGCCCAUACAGGUUGCAGCACUUAACAUACACUGUCACUCAGAAUUCAAGAACAACAGUUAUUUGGCCAGUGCCUCCACUGUUCGGUCCCAGAAUGAUGGAGACGCAUCUGGUUUAGUCUUUGAAUCAUCAGCUUCCAAUGGAGCAAUACUUACUAUGCCACUUGGCUCUAAAUCCGAAGACCUUGGAAGUAUAGGGCGAUUCCGCAGAUAUGUGGCAGCAAAUAUGUUGCAUUGGUACAAUUAUGCUUACCAUGAUAGGGAGUAUGAUGUAAGGAAUGGAGAUUUACGCCUUGUGAUAGGCUGCGACAAGACAUCAUCUUGGGGAAUGGCUACCUUUGCAAAUUCCGCCGCACACCAAGAAUCUUUCCACCUGAAAUUCGGGCUAAUAGAAGGAAGAAGAUAUGGUUGGGAGUACUCUGGCACCGCAGAAGUGAGAGUAGGUCCGGAUGCUCAUGAAAUAGCGCAACUCUGGGACAACGACCCUUCUCAGCAUAACAUCACAUACGAGAACCAGUGUUUGUUCAUUCGGACGAUCAACGCCACCCUGCCAGAUGAUAUAUGGGUCAAUUUAGGAUUUGACUAUAGUGAACUUGACCUGGUUGUUGAGUCUCAACUACCAGAUGGUUCUUCGACGCCUGCGUUGACUGACGCAAACCUCAAAAGCCGCGUCAGCACUGGUUUGCCAAAAACAACAUCUUUUCUUAACAGAGAGGGUGCAAAUUAUGCCGACCUCGGUGCCAACCACAACAUUCUUACUGUACAUGGGACCAGAACAAUUUACUCCUCAUCUCCAUUUCUUAAUGAUCAUCCUUCGAAAGCCAUUAACGCCAUGUUACUGAAAAAUUCAAGCAAAGAGGUGAAGAUGGCAAUCACCCAGGAUCAAGAUUGGAUAUCAGUAAUGACAGAGGAAGAUGCAGUUAUGCCAACGUCCGAAGAUUUUUUAGCACGAAUUCGGGAAUCUUUCGAUAUUUGUGAAGAGGACGGAGUGGUUUAUCUGGAGAAUGCCCAAGGAAAAUAUAAAAUUGUUCAUGACGAUACAACGGACGCAGACCUCCUUCCAGAAUCCAUUCCAGAUAGUGCUCAGCUUGUCGAUACAACUACUGGCAAAUUUUCAGGUACCCCAACUGGAGAUAAUCUAGAUUUUCUCGAGGACAUUAGAAACGUGAUCACUCCAGAGGAUGUACCAAGCUUUUACAAUAGCGUCACAAUUUUAAAGUCCACAUAUCGCAAUAUCGAGCGACUCAAAAUCUAUAAGCAAAAAUGCAAAGUCAUAAGCGACAAGUGUUUUGAGCUCAUGAAGGCUCUAGUAGAUGGUUCGCAAGGCAUAGAAGGUGCAGUAAUUUCCGACGUGGUUGAAGAAGUUGAAGGCAUUGUCUCUCAGUUUGAGCGAUCACUCGGAGAGUGGGCUUCAUGGAACAGAUUAAGGAGCAUCCUUAGGCAAAGAGAAAUCAGAGACAGGAUUUACCAGCUGCAUAGAAACAUGGAAGAAGCUGUUUCAAAACUACAUAUCCAGAUUAAUUUGGAUAUGAUACGAAAUGCAGGAGAUGCCCAGGCCAUUCAACAGCAAGAAAAAUCAGAAAUCCGGAAUGUGCUACGGUCGAUUGUCAAAAGCUCAGAGGACAUAAAGACCCUCCUUAGUAUGCAAUCUCUGCCUGGAUCGCACGCUGUAGAAGAAAUCAUGGAAAGGCUUCAAACUGAAUUGAUGGAUCCGACGUUACGACCAAACGAAUCGGAAGAUUAUAAGUCCGGACUUUGGCUUUUGCGUGAGAAAACGUCAAAACUUCCCCCCCUUAUUGAUUGUUACUGGUUGAAAUUAGGAUUAGUGACUGGCCAGAUAAAAUGGUCACCGGUCCUAUCGACUAAAGGAAUGGCCAGCUCAAUUUUCCAUGGUCUUAUUACAUCGUUGCUUAAAGCCAGCAACGUCCGAGUCUCAGCAUUUCCCUAUAUUGUCAACCCAUGGAUGGAUAAUGGACCUGCUAUGAGAUACAUACAGAAAUUUCCCAAGGCAAAUCGCUUAGAGCUCUUAACAGAAGUUGCUUAUGGUGAUUUCGGCCUGGAGUACCUUCACGACCAUGGUGUAAUUCACGGAGACUUGCGAGGGGAGAAUGUGCUCAUUUCAACCAAUGGCAAUGCUCGCGUGGCACACUUCGGGCAAUCGAAGUUCCUUGAACAUUUUGAUGGGAACGGCUUACCCUCAUAUUUCAGCAAUCCCAGGUGGAUGGCUCCAGAGAUGCUUCAAGGGACUGGUUCUGCGUCGACACACUCUGAUAUCUGGAGUUAUGGCAUGCUGUGCCUCGAAAUCCUCAGCGACGAGCAUCCUUACAGCGAUAUACGCCACGACAUUGCCGUUAUUCGUGAAAUUGACAGUGGGAUUCUUCCGAAGCGCUCCGAAACAGCCACUGCAAAUGGCCUUUCAGAUGGAAUGUGGACUUUGUUACGGAAGUGCUGGCAGCAAAAACCGGAAUCUAGGCCUUCUAUAUCCGAUGUUAGAGCUCAAUUGUUGGAGUUGCAGGGUUUCCAUGUUUCAAAAGACCUGAACGUGCCGCCUUCUAUGCUGAAGGACCGACAGAAGGGAAAGGAAUCACAAGCAGGCUCACCUAGAUCUUCUAGACAUUCAAGCACUUCCAAUUUGGACAUUUUCUCAGAAGAAAAACCAACCACUGGGUUUAGCGAUUCCAGGCUCGGCUCAGCAAAUACUAAUGCUACUUCCCUGGCCUCUUCCUCUGUUCCUACACGACCAUUAUCAGGCGAGGACGACGACCGGUUGUUAACCCACUACUCACCUGAUAGUAUAUCUGAAUCGAUCAACCAAGCUUUGUUGGACCCGCAGAUUGUUGUUCACGUUGUCGAGGGAAAUGUGUGCCGGGGGACUUUGGAAGGGUUAGUUCAGCAUCUCAUUGAUUUGCAACAGGAUAUCGAAUACAGAUAUCUUUUAUUGGUUGCAUGCCCGGAUUUCACGACACCCGACUACCUAUUUACUGUUCUAGCCCGCCGUUUCCAUGAAGUGGAAUCGAGCGUUGCUAUUCGCGCUGAGGACAAGGUCGCAUGGCAAUACAACAUCUUCAGCGUGAUCAUGUACUGGCUCUCAGAGAGGGAUCUCAAGGUGGAACCGCAGUUAUUACGCCGAAUCAGAUAUUUUUGCGAAGACGCUGCUCGAAUUAAAGCGUCUGCAACGAUGGUUAGUAGGGCUAGAGAUCUUUUGGAAGUUGUGGAACGCAGGGAAAGACUUUUACAUAAUGUGGGCUCGGUUGUACCGACUCGACGUAUUGCGGUGAAGCAGCGUAUUACACCCGUUGAGCUCGCCAUCGCAUUGACACUACUCGAAGGUGACACAUACAAAGUUCUGACCCCUGUGGAUUACCUCGGUCAUCUGAGGAGGCAUCCUGGAUUCAAUAACGUUGAAGGAGUUUACACUACGAACAACAUGAUCAUAUUAUGGGUGAAAGAGUCCAUUUUGCGCUUCGAUAGCACCGCAGACCGGGCCAGGGCGCUGAAAUUCUUCGUCAACACAGCGGCGGAGUGUCGGAAGCUGCGCAAUUUUUCGUCCCUGGUCGCCAUUGCUACCGCUCUUCAUUCCUCGCCGAUAGAAAAACUGCUGUUAACGAAAUUGGAAACGAGCAUGCAGACGCAGAGCAAGCUAGCAGCGUUGAAAGAUAUUCUCGAUGUGUCUGCUAAUCAUCGAAGUUACCGAGAAGCACUAGAUGAUGGAAUGGGCGCCUCAAGGAAAGGACCUUGCAUCCCAUGGCUAGCUAUUCACUUGAAAGAGCUACAUGCUGUACUACAGCGGUACCCAAUCAUCGUACACGUGGAUGGCAAACCACUAAUCAACUUUGAGCGGUAUAUCAAGUUUAUGGACCGCGUCAAGGAGGCAGUGCAUUAUAUGCCACCCGACCUGGAGCAGUAUCGCCAACAAGGACUCCUGGAAUACAUCGUGGAUGAAUUGGCGAAAACUAAACUGGCCAAUAUCACAGAAGAAGAUCUGGUGGCGCGCAGCAAACACCUCGAGGCACAGGAGAUGAUGAUGCGUCAUAGCCGACGAUCUCAGCUCAAGAGUCUGGGUUUUUUGAAAAAAAAGUGA